GGCGGCGUGCCGGCCGACCUGUCCGCGGUAGGCGCCACGCUCGCGCGGCUGGUGCUCACGGGGACCAACCUGACGGGCCCCAUCCCGCCGCAGCUCGGGGACCUGCCGGCGCUCACGCACCUCGACCUCAGCAACAAUGCGCUCACGGGCUCCAUCCCGGCGAGCCUGUGCCGGCCGGGGAGCAAGCUGGAGAGCCUCUACGUGAACUCCAACCGCCUCGAGGGCGCCAUCCCGGACGCCAUCGGCAACCUCACGGCGCUGCGGGAGCUCAUCUUCUACGACAACCAACUCGAGGGCACCAUUCCGGCGACCAUCGGCCAGAUGGCCAGCCUCGAGGUGAUCCGCGGCGGCGGCAACAAGAACCUCCAGGGCGCGCUCCCGCCGGAGAUUGGCAACUGCUCCAACCUCACCAUGCUCGGCCUCGCCGAGACCAGCAUCUCCGGCCCGCUCCCGGCGAGCCUCGGCCAGCUCAAGAGCCUCGACACGAUCGCCAUCUACACCGCGCUGCUCUCCGGCCCGAUACCGCCGGAGCUCGGCCAAUGCAGCAGCUUGGCCAACAUCUACCUCUACGAGAACGCGCUCUCCGGCUCCAUCCCGCCGCAGCUCGGCAAGCUCAGCAACCUCAAGAACCUGCUGCUGUGGCAGAACAACCUCGUCGGCGUCAUCCCGCCGGAGCUGGGGGCGUGCACGGGGCUCACCGUGCUGGACCUCUCCAUGAACGGCCUCACCGGCCACAUCCCGGCGUCGCUGGGGAACCUGACGUCGCUGCAGGAGCUGCAGCUCAGCGUGAACAAGGUGUCCGGCCCCAUCCCCGCCGAGCUCGCGCGCUGCAACAACCUCACCGACCUCGAGCUCGACAACAACCAGAUAUCUGGCGCCAUCCCCGCUGAAAUUGGCAAGCUCACGGCGCUGCGCAUGCUCUACCUCUGGGCCAACCAGCUCACGGGGAGCAUCCCGCCGGAGAUCGGUGGCUGCGCGAGCCUCGAGUCGCUCGACCUGUCGCAGAACGCGCUCACCGGGCCCAUCCCGCGCUCCCUGUUCCGGCUUCCGCGACUGUCCAAGCUGCUGCUCAUCGACAACACCUUGUCCGGUGAGAUACCGCCGGAGAUUGGCAACUGCACGUCGCUCGUUCGGUUCCGGGCCAGCGGCAACCACCUCGCCGGCGCGAUUCCUCCGGAGGUCGGUAAGCUUGGCAACCUCAGCUUCUUGGACCUCAGCUCGAACAGGUUGUCCGGCGCCAUCCCGGCCGAGAUCGCCGGCUGCCGGAACCUCACCUUUGUGGACCUCCACGGCAAUGCCAUCACCGGCGUCCUGCCGCCGGGGCUGUUCCACGACAUGCUCUCGCUCCAGUACCUGGACCUCUCGUACAACUCCAUCGGCGGCGCGAUCCCGUCGGACAUCGGCAAGCUCGGUUCGCUCACGAAGCUCGUUCUUGGCGGGAACAGGCUGACGGGUCAGAUACCGCCGGAGAUCGGCUCGUGUUCGCGGCUCCAGCUCCUGGACCUCGGCGGCAAUACGCUGUCCGGUGCGAUACCGGCGAGCAUCGGCAAGAUUCCAGGUUUGGAGAUCACCCUCAACUUGAGCUGCAAUGGCCUGUCCGGUGCAAUACCCAAGGAGUUCGCUGGGCUGGUGCGGCUCGGCGUGCUCGACGUGUCGCACAACCAGCUCUCCGGCGAUCUCCAGCCGCUGUCCGCUCUCCAGAACCUGGUCGCGCUCAACAUCUCCUUCAACAACUUCGCCGGCCGCGCGCCGGAGACGGCGUUCUUCGCGAAGCUGCCCACGAGCGACGUAGAAGGCAACCCGGCGCUGUGCCUAUCGCGCUGCCCCGGCGACGCCAGCGACCGCGAGCGCGCGGCGCGGCGCGCCGCAAAGGUCGCCACCGCCGUGCUGCUCUCAGCUCUCGUGGUCCUCCUCGCUGCCGCGGCGUUCCUCCUCAUCGGCCGGCGCAAAGGCUCCGUGCUCGGCGGCACGCGCCCCGACGACGACAAGGACGCCGAGAUGCUGCCGCCGUGGGACGUGACGCUGUACCAGAAGCUGGAGAUCAGCGUGGGCGACGUGGCGCGCAGCCUGACGCCGGCGAACGUCAUCGGGCAGGGGUGGUCCGGGUCGGUGUACCGCGCGAGCGUGCCGUCCACGGGCGUGACCAUCGCCGUGAAGAAGUUCCGGUCGUGCGACGAGGCGUCGGCGGAGGCGUUCGCGUGCGAGAUCGGCGUGCUGCCCCGGGUGCGUCACCGCAACAUCGUGCGGCUCCUGGGCUGGGCGGCUAACCGCCGGACGCGCCUCCUCUUCUACGACUACCUCCCCAACGGCACUCUCGGCGGCCUGCUGCACACCGCCGCCGGCGGGUCGACCGGCGCCGCCGUGGUGGAGUGGGAGGUGCGUCUCGCGAUCGCCGUGGGCGUGGCCGAGGGCCUCGCGUACCUCCACCACGACUGCGUACCGGCGAUCCUCCACCGCGACGUCAAGGCCGACAACAUCCUCCUCGGCGAGCGGUACGAGGCGUGCCUCGCCGACUUCGGCCUCGCCAGGGUCGCCGAGGACGGCGCCAACUCGUCGCCCCCGCCGUUCGCCGGAUCCUACGGGUACAUCGCUCCCGAGUACGGGUGCAUGACCAAGAUCACGACGAAGAGCGACGUGUACAGCUUCGGUGUCGUGCUGCUGGAGAUCAUCACCGGGCGGCGGCCGGUGGAGCCGGCGUUCGGGGAGGGCCGGAGCGUGGUGCAGUGGGUGCGCGAGCACCUCCAUCAGAAGCGCGACCCCGCCGCCGUGGUCGACCCGCGGCUGCAGGGCCGGCCGGACACGCAGGUGCAGGAGAUGCUGCAGGCGCUCGGGAUCGCGCUGCUGUGCGCCAGCGCGCGGCCGGAGGACCGGCCGACCAUGAAGGACGUGGCGGCGCUGCUGCGCGGCCUCCGGAACGACGACGGCGCCGAGGCGCGCAAGGUCAGCGGCGGGUCCGGGGCGAGGCUGGACUCGGCGAAGUGGGCCGCUGCCUCGCCGCCGCCGACCAAACCGACGGCCCUCCCCCGCCCGGCCCAAGCACAGUCGCAGUCCCAGUCCCAGUCCAGCUCGAUGGCCUACUCAAUGUAAGGUCGCGUGGCCUAGCCUAGCCCACCAAAGAGGAGGAACCGAUGGCGCCAACCGCCAGCCGUGGCUCGGAGGUGUGCGAAGACUGACCUGGUAGCGUUGACUGGGCGUCGACGAGCCUAUGAACCGUCGGCGUGCCGCCGGACGCCGCUCCCGCUCGCCGGCGAGGCGAGGUAGAAGCAAGGUCGACGCCAUCAUGAUCAUGUGGACCGGUGGAGGUGGUGUGGGGAAGAAGACGACGCCACGCCGCCAUGAAUCGAGCAAGCAAUAAUUCCUUGUCCCACUGUACCAUACAUAUAGCUGUAGCGCAAUGCAUCUUGUACUGAAGUUACCCGGUCAAUUGAAUUGGUAAUCCGAUGAGGCAUGGCAUGAUCGUGUCCCGAAUCAUACCGCAUCUAUCUGCCGUCAGUGCCGGCGAGAUCCCAGCCGUGUGAUGGCGGAAUCGACGGCCCGGUCGUUCGGGUGGUGAAUACGCCAUGAGAGGACAGACAGGUGGUGCGACGUAGAAGAAGAGGAUGCCCUGACCUUCUACCUUCCUGCCCACACCCACAUG